AUGCGCAUGUCAAGUCGAAAAUUGCAAAUGGCGUCCGUUGUUAUUGUUCGCACCGAAUAACUAUUUGUAAAUUAUAUACCAAUCGUUUUAGCGAUUUUUCUAAUGGACUGUAUUACUAAUAUGAUGCUCUAACUCCUGAUGAUUCUGUGUAAAACGUUUUAAGAUGAUUUGAGGCACGGGACAAUAAAACUCGUGUGUGAUUGAGCGGAAUGUGACAUUGUAUGAUAGCAUGGCAGCGGAUAGCGAUGGCGUGGGACUGGCGGGCGGUGGCGGCACGUGCGGCGUGGUGGUGACCUGCGAGGGUGACUACCACGACCCCAAGUUCCCCGCGCGCCUCAACCGCCUUCUGCGCGAACUUCGCGCGCUGCUCGCUGAGCCUCAUCCGCACACACUCAAAGUUAACAAGGUGGAGCCGUGGAACUCAGUCCGCGUGACGCUGUCGGUGCCCCGCGCGGCGGCGGCGCGGCUGCGGGCGCUGGCGGCGGCGGGGGCGCCCCAGCUGCGCGCGCUCGGCAUACUGUCCGUCCAGUUGGACGGUGACGCGGCCGUCUCGCUGCGACUCCAGCACGGCGCCGAGCUGAGAAUCAACACCGAACCCAACGAUGCGAGUACAUCGAGAUCUCAAUCGAAUUCUGAGCUGCUGGCCGGCUUGGGGGGCAUCGGGCGACUGAUAGCGGACGGCGAGGGCGCGUCCACGAGCGCCGAGCCGCCGCCCCCCGCGACGCGCGACAACUUCAAGUCGCCCAACACCGUGUGCCCCAUGGACGGCAAGAUACCGCAGAACAUUCCCACGCCGACCACCGAUCGGUGCGAGUUCCCCUUCGGAAGCAUGACGCAGGCCAGGGUCAUACAUCGAAAGGAAAAUACGUUAGGAAUAUCGGCGUGCUCGAGCAGCAUGCGCACGGGCGGCGAGACGCAGUUCGCGCGGCCGUCGACGUCGGCGUUCGCCGGGCCGCCGCCCCCAUACCCCGCGCCCCCCGCGCCGCCCGCCCCCGCCGCGCCCGCCUCGCCCGCCCCCACCAUGGCCAUGUCCUCGCCGUUGCUCGUCAACCUGCUGCAGAACGACGCGCCCGCGCCGCAGCCGCGCGCCAAGGCGCCUCCCAACAAACUCGAUCGGCUCGACGACUCGCAGGUGGAGCUCGCGGUGGGUCGGCCGACGUUCGAGUAUCGCAGCGGCUGUCCGCCGACGCCGACGCCGCGGCCGCCGGCCAGCCCGGGCCCGCCGCCCCCGCCGCGCGCCGCGCCCCGCCCCGCGCCCUUCGUGCGCCGCGCCUAUCCCGCGCGCCCUCCGCCCCCCGCGCCCUUCCGGUCCCCCGCGCCCAAUGCCACCGUGGUCGCGCGCCCGCGCUUCCCGCCCUACACCACGGACGCGUACCCCCCGCCCCCGCCGCCCUACCGGCAGAUCAGCCGUCCGCGUGUGCAGCCGCCCCGCGUCACGCCGGAGGACCUGCAGGCGCUUCUGCCGCCGCCCCCUACUUCUAUGGACCAAAAAACGCAGUCGAGUUACCAGGAGUUCCAGAGGUAUCAGCAGCAGUACAACGCCCGGCAGCGCGCCGCGUCGCGAGCGGCCGCGGCGCCCGCGGCGGACUGGAACGAGCCGUACCGGGACACGCUGGGGCUGGCGCUGCCGGACCUGCCCGACAACUGCGACCUCGACCAGCUCCUGCCCACGCUGGGCGCCGACCUCAACCUCGACGAUCCCGCGCUGUCCGCCAUCUCCGACCUCGACGCCGGCGCCAAGCUCGACCUACUGUACGACCCCGGCGGGGCGGACGGCAACCCCGACGCGCUCCUGCAGGAGAUCACGGGCGGCCAGUUCCCCGCGCCCGCCGUCAACGGCCCCUUCGACCCCGACGUCGACGCCGCCGCGGCCGCACCCCCCGAUGUGCCUUCAAAAUCGUCGAAAACUUUCAGUUUGGACAACUUUAUGCCCCCUCCCCCCGUGCCCCAGCAGUCGUCCUCGAAGUUCACCGUCAAUUCGCCCAACCACACGAUACUCAAUGCGCAGAACGCGCCCUUCAAAUCGCCGCCGCCGAGCGCGUCGUACGCGACGCAGACGAGCGUCGGCCCCGACAGGGUCGCGGACAGGUUCGUCGCGCCGUCGGCAAUGCCUCCGCCCCUGCGGCUCCCCCUGCGGGCGUCCAACUCAGUGUCCACGGCCACGGUCGGCUCGCAGGCGACGGCGCAGGAGAUCGAGGAGCAGAGCAAGCAGUACCUCAUAAAGACGCUGAUGAGGGACGACGACGUCCCGCCGCCGAAGGAGCCCGAAAAGAAACCCGAGGAAGUGACGGUCGCUCAGUGUAAAGUGAAGGAGAAUUCUAGCGGCCCGACGCCGGAGGGGCUCGGGAAUAAAGCCGGGGACGACGAUAGCAGGAAAGAUGAGGACUCGAGGGUGAAAAAUAAAUUAGUCAAGAAGGAGAAGGACGAGAGGACGUUAGCUCAAAAAGGUGAGAAGCCGCGAACCAGCGGGGCGAAGGAGAAGCCGGCUAUAUUGAAGGACAAAAUCGUUCGCGAUGGAAAGUCCACCAAAGUUGCCUUACCGCGACCCAACGUCGCGAAACCACCGACGCCUGCGAGCGACGCGCCCAAGUCGCCCUCGGGGGAGAAGGAGUCGAUUAAAUUGAGGUUAAAGCUAGAUAAAAACGAGCCCAUAGUCCAACCCGUGUAUAAAGCCGACGUCAGUUUCAUCAACCAGCAGAUGAAGGGAGAUAAACCAUCCGAAAGCGAGUUGAGAGUUCCGCCGCUGCACAUCAGCUUGAGGGGACCGAAUUCGGCCGUCAUAAAAAAUUCAAAAAAGGAAAAGAAAAAGUUUCUCCCGGGUGACAUACAUUCGAAGAAAAAUAAAAUCAGAAAGUCUCUAGAAUCGGACGAGAAGCGGGAUAGGAGAGACGCGGACGAGGCCCUCGCCGCGCAGUCCGCCGAAAGCACUGAGAACUCAAAGACUGAUGAGUAUUUACACGUGAAGAAACUCAACAACCACUAUGGGGAGGGCGAGUCAUUAAAGGCGGAGGUGACGGGAGACAACAAUGUGGUGUAUAGAAUGAAAACCAUCUCCAAGAACGCCCACAUCGUGACUAAAUCGCACGACUACAAACUCAACAAUAAAGUUCAGAGCUUAGAUAAUUUGAAAGUCAAAAAGAAGUCGAAAACACUCGGCGAAGGCGGAAAGCCGACCGACAAGGAGAGGGACCGGGAGUGGAGAAACGACAUGCUGGAGAUGGAGGGCAAGUACGCUCAGAACGAGGGGUACAGAGAGUCGCCCAACAACCACGACGCGAAAAAGAAGUUACCCCCUACUAAAGUAGAGAAGGAUGGUGCAAAAUGUGAUAAUUUCAAGUCCAGUGAGGUGAAAACUGUGCAAAUAGACGCGGAACACGGUGAAGUGAAAACUGGUGCUAGUGAAUUAGGCAACCGACUUCCCAAGUCCCACAAGGGCUUGGAGAGGACGCUCAGUGCGGACGGGGAGGGUAGCAAGUUUGACCGCGAUGAGAACAAGUUGAAACGGACACUCACCGAUAGUGCCAUCACCUCACCCAAUGGGCUCAUAUCCUCUGAGAAAAAGAGAAAAACCAGCCAUAGUUCCUGUCCAGAACCCCCGGGCUCGACUAACGUCGGCACGAUAGGCGGGCGCGCCGACUCGCCGCCGCCGGGCGCGGGCCAGCGCGCGGGCGCCACUUCGCCCCGGCGGAAGGAGAGACCGAAGGACAAAACUUACUGCAAGCUGGUGGCCGAGAGGGCCGCCCGACCCGAGGCGGACAAGUUCAGCAACCGGUCGCCCAACUCGCAGGCGCAGGGGGAGGACUCGGGUAUCGAGUCCAUGGACGCGCUGUCGGAGAAGUCGCCCAACCAGGCCAGCCAAUCGCCCCCCGGCCCGCAGAGGAAGGAGCGCCUGGACACGCCCCGCUCGACGAGCCCCACCUCCGUGCAGAGGAUAAUCGGCGACAUCGAGCAGCCGCUGCGCUACGACCGCGCGCCCGACAUCGACGUGCUCGGUGAGCUGGAGGCCGAGCUGGCCAAGAUGCACGGCGACCAUGUCAACGGCGACGACGUGCCUCGCCGCCCGCCCCGUGACGCCGACCGACCCGAGGAGGUUAAGAGAGAGCCCACGCCCAUCCUCCGGGACGACGAGAAGCGGCCGCGUGCCGAUGCCGGGGACGAGGCGAACGCCGCGCUGAGCUCGGACGCCAAGCAGAGUUCGAGCGACGCCAAAUCUGAGUGCCCGAUUGCUCGAAAAGACGAUCUGUGCGAGGACUCGCCCUCGCCGAAAAAGGAGAAGGGCGGGGACGAUUUUGAUAAUUUACCGAGUAGGGUCUCGCCUCCACUGUACACAUACUCGAACCAGGAGAAGGCCAGCUCGAUCGACUCGGGGGAAACCGAGGAGGAGAAGGUGACCGUCUCCGAAAACGGGGAGGCGAAAGACGCGGGGGCCGACGGCAAGGAGAAGGAGCCGAAGCUGGAGAGGCUCCCGCUGAAAGCGGACUUCCCCGACAAGAGCCUGCUGGAGCAGCUUCUCAUAGAGAUUCCGACGCCCGACUACGCGGGGAGGAGGCCCGAGUCCCCGUCGCCCUCCGCGCUCGAGCGGGUGGCGCGCAGCAGCGUGCGGACCCGCUCCAGUAGCAAGAUGAACAGCCCCGCUGACGGGCCCCGCACGCCGCGCCUCAGCCCCGGCCUCGCCAAGCCGGAGCGCGCGGACUCGCCCGCCGCUCAGCACCGGACCAGCCUGAGGAGCGGCUCCGUCGACAAGACGAGCCCGCGGACCGCCCCCGCCGCCGCCCCGCCUGCAAAACCCGCCCCGGGGGCCAAGCGGAAGCGCAGGGAGUCGGAGAGCUCGUGCACCUCCGCCGUCAGCUGCGAGGAGGGCGUCUCGCCGGGCCGGCCCAAGAAGAAGCCGAAGAAGGUGGAGCCGAAGCCCGCCAACGCCGUCGCCGUGGACGGAAAGGGGGGGAAGAAGGAGUCCGACAGCGACAGCGACGAGCCGCUCAUAUGCAAAGUGAGGGGCAAGGGGGUGAAGGGAGUGAAGGCGGGGAUCAAGGUGCCGAAGAUGAUGGAGCCGGUGAGCACGCGGCGCUCCGUACGGCACGGCCCCGGCCCCGCCCCCGCGCUGCCCGCCGCCCCGCCCCCCGCGCCCGCGCCGCCCCCCGCUGCCACGCCCGUGCGCCGGAAAACCAGAAGCGCCGUUGGCGAGGGAGGAACUCCUAACCCCGGCGCGGUGCGGCGGCGGCGCGCGUCCCGCGACGGCAAGUGACGGCGGCGCCGCGCGGAGUUGGCCGCGCCCCCGCGCCCGCUGCCGCUGCUGCUGCCGCUCGACUGACGCCCCACGCCCGCCCCGCACCACCCCGCCGCGCCCCUUACCCCACUACACGCCUACCUGGCUCGCAGCGAUUACGCCUCGACCGUUUAAAAUAUCUCGGACAUAUUAUGAUAUUCGAUUCGAAUUCAAAUUAACCACGUAAUUCUGUAGUUGCGGUGCGGUCCCUCGACCGUGAUACGGUGCGACCGACGACGGGGUCCCGCGUAUAUGAAAAAUUUUUAAUUUUAUGAAUCUCAAGCCGUUUUAUAAAUUAAAAAUUGAGUUUUGUGCAAUAAAAGGAUAUGUAGGAUUUAGCGAAGUAGAUUAAUGUGUGAUUUUAGUGGCGUGAAAUAUUGUGAAGUGUUAGCGUAGAACGGACGGGGCGGCGAGCCGAGCUCGUCAACUAGUAAAACAUGUUACCAUACUUUCUAAAGCACUCGAGGUUUAAUUGUAAGUUUACUUUUCCUUUAAAUUAUUCUUAGGAGCGUCCUACUGUCGGUCGGCGGUGGACGCGCGCCGGCCGCGAGCCUUAGCCGUAGCGAUACAAGUGUAUAGUUAUUGUACAAAGGAGCACUCGACUCGAUACAAUAGGAUACGAAGCCGAGAUAUAUAAAUGCGUAAAUCUAAAAGAUAUUUUCGUACGUUUUUGCACGUGACCGAUAGCGUCGCGACCGGCGAACCCGCGAGCGUCGCCCGGCGGAGGGCGGCCAUCUUGUGGCGGCGGCCAUGUCGCGCCACGCGCCGCGCGCCGCGCCCGGCGACGCCCAGCGAUGUUAAUGUUAGCGUUUAGCUAUAAGAGAACUCACGACCAAUAAUUGUAAUUUGAAUGUGACAUAUAAUUUCUUAAUGAAAUGAUAAUAAUUAUGACUGAGUGUUUCAACAGUUUGUCUGUUUGGGCUUCCAGUAUAAUAAACUUAUUUAUUUUGUCGCCCUCCCUUAAAAUCGUUCCCCGAACACUUUCGACCGCGCCUCCCGAUAGUUCGAUGUUAGAAAUCCAGUGAUUCGAUGAAUUUAUAGGCUAGAUUUUUUUUGCACUGUACAUACUUAUUGGGACAUGUUAGUAGGACGUAAGUAGAUGCUAGUAUUUAUUAUCGCACACACUUUUCCAUCGUACCGUUAGAUUAGAUCUCACACGAAUACAUUUCGCUAGACGUGCCCCGACACUUUCGUCGGGUACCCCAACAUUUUCGUAUCUGAAGCAAUAAUAGACGGAUGUGAAGUUGCAGCUGCGAGCGAACCGAAGUCCGGAGGUCUUCGACUGCCUUAACGUUAGCCUUUUAGCGACGCCUUUAGCGUUUCCCUCGGAGCCCCGAUUCGUAGCACCCACCUUGUUAUUUGUGCGUACCGAGUAGCGGAGGUCGAACAGUGAUAUAACUACAAUACAAACGUAACUAGUGUGUAUGUAUAGAAUGUUUAACGUAAGAAUAUUGCCUGAUAACUUGUGCCCUAAACGUGUGCCGUGGUUAGUGGUGUCGGCUGUGCGAGUGCGGCGUGCGAAGGGCGCGCGGCCCGGGGCGGUCCGGUGUGCGCACGCCUUUAUUUUUUCACAUAAAUUAUUUUGAAAUCGGACUCCGAUAUUAUAUCUGUAAAAUGUGUGUAUAGCUGGGGAAAUUAAUAUAUGUUACGUACUAAGUUUUAUUUGGACUCGGUGACUGUAUUACUGUACAUAGACGCGCCGCGGUCCCCCGAGGGGCGGCUCCCCGAGGGGCGGAGCCUUGUGUAUAAAGCGUGACGUGUAAAAUAUAUCGUAAGAGAAUGGACUCGUUCUAGUUGUGUAUAUUGGGUGUAUAGUUAUUCUUUAGUUUGUUUUUGUUUUAUUUUUUCGAGUAACGUUAUUUAUGCCGAUGAAUAUAUUAUACGUUUAUAUAUCUAUAAAGAGAGGAAUACAAAUAGAGAUACACUAUAAAUAUAGGCUAGGGGUGACACCACACGUGAACAUAGUAUAGUUUUGGUAUGUAAACAAUAUAUAACUUGUACAUAGAUCACAGAAUAGGUAAUAAAUGAAUUGAUACAAUAAAUGUAACAUUAUGUUAUUGUAAUAUUUUUUCUAGUUGGUGUUGUUAGUCGGCGCUCGUUAGGGUGAGUGUACAUUUUGUUGCCGGUGACGUCAUCAAGUUGCGACUAUACUUUGUAUGCAUUAUUUUCUGUAAGUUGCUUUCUCUGUCGUUCUAUAAUAUUAUUUUUAAAUCACAUAAUUAUAAUAUUCAUAAAAUACGAUGAGUCAUGGUGAAUUAUUAUCAUAUUAUUAUGAAUGAAAAGAAAUAAGGAAUAUUAUUGUUCUGCUAUUAUUAAAUUUGUAAAGUUAGUUUAUUAAUAAAUCAAUAAAAAAUU